UAGCUUCCGAUGUAUCCGUUCGAAUAUGAAGUUACAUAUUCUAUGGAGAUGGAAUAAGGACUCUGAUAUGCGAACUGAGAGUAACGGAGCACGAAUAGCCGAGUAGACGAUUCGUGGGCCCCAUCGUAACGGGUGUCGAUAUUCGUUGCUUCUGUCCGGUUUACUUUUGGUUGUCGGCAUCCUCGGCUCGAGCAUUUCUAAUGAUGUGGCCGCGACGCGCAGUGCCGUUAUGACAGAUCCGCAUGUCGCUGUAUAUCAUACGCGCUUCGGCGAGUCGUUUGACAGUCCUCUCCUCGCGCAAAGGCUUUAAAGUGGGAGCAAUGGCGCGCCGGGAUGCUAACGAGUAGCCCAGCUGACAACCGGACAAACAAAAUGGUAGCUCGCCGUGGUCGCGCACCGGCAGGUGAUACGUGAUUCCGCAUACGUGAGUUGGACGACCGAGGUGGGGGACUGGGAAGUUUUAGGCUACGAUAUGAGUACUGACAGUCAUGAUCGGACGAAAACAUCCUGCAAGACACCCGGGAGAUGCGACGAGGAGAAUACAUUCGAUGGUAAACGAAUUAAGAAGGAACGCGGUGACAUUUGUGCGGAGAAUGGUGACGCUGCCGUCGCCGCCACCUCCAUCGCCUGUUCCGCGACUCCUGUCACCACCGCCACCACCACCACCACCACCACCAACACUGCUAAUACUGUCGACAAAGGACAGCUACCGGCCGGCAGGGCCUUUACCACCAAUGGUUUUCACGGAGAUGGUGAUCCACUGCAAGACCUCGUCGCGACUAAAUUCGCGACGUUGGUUAAUCAUAGCACUUCUUCCAAACAGGACAAGAUUCGCAUUAUGAUAGAGGAUGGCAUUAGUGAAGAAUCCAGAGCACGUGUGGAUGAGAUCUUUUCUCAAGUGGAACGACUUAAAUUAGAGGAAAAGUUAUUGUUGUACCUGAAACUUCCAUUAUUGCUGACAAAUCAAGGUGGGACCAUUGAUCCACUGAGGCAGCCAUUGAACCCAUUAGGAAAUCGUUAUGAAAUUCAUCAAACUAUUAUGUGGAUUAAAACACAUUUGGAAGAAGAUCCUGAUGUAUCUUUACCGAAGCAAGAAGUUUAUGAUGAAUAUAACAUCUAUUGUAUCAGAAAUUCUAUGAAACCAUUAUCGACAGCUGAUUUUGGAAAAGUCAUGAAACAGGUAUAUCCACGAGUACGUCCUCGCAGAUUGGGCACACGAGGAAAUUCUCGUUACUGCUACGCGGGUAUGCGCAAACGAAUUAAAUUGGAUCCUCCGACACUGCCAAAGAUAUCUGGCCCUCAAACUGGAGAACAUUCAGAAGAAAACAUUACUGAGGAAAUGUUAGGCGCUGCAUCUACAUUGAUAAGAGAAUGGGCGGAAACCGUAUUAGGCUUGAAAUUUUCAAAUUUGAGUGCCUUAGCACGGCAUCUUGUUGAUAAUUUUCGUGUUGAUACUCGGUCUUUGGCUGCUGUUUGUAUUUUAUCCACUUCAGACGAGCAUAAUGCUUUAAGUGAUAAACAGGCAAUUUCGGAUCUACCAACAAUACCUGUGAGUGUUAAACCUGCUAAACUCCGAGAAGCUCAAUUACAAUUGCAACGCAAGCUUCAGCAACGGGAGCAUAUAAAAGAUCAGAAACGUCGUCAUCUUGACGUUACCAUACAGAAUAAAGAAAAAGUCAUUGAAGGUAAAGGAAAUUUUAAUAGAGGAUACAAAAAAGCCAAGUCUAAUCAAUCACCUCAAGGUACAAAUACAGCAACGACAACAGUGAUUGGACAGAAUUCAUUGGCAAAAUUGAACGUGUCUGCUGUAGCCUACAACCGGCAAAAAAGGGUAUCAAAAACCUGCAAUCAACAGCAGCAACAAUCCUGCAAUGUUUCCGAAGAAUCUAACUGUGAUAAUCUAGUAGUAUCGCGCGAAGAUAAACAGAGUAAUAGCAACCCUAGAAUAAUGAUGAGUGUGCAACGCGAUAUCAAAAGUAAAAAUUCCAGGAAACGUGCCAAUAAUCCAAUUGUAACACAGCAGGAGUCCAGCCCUGAGAAACAGACGAAACUUGCAGAAGAGAGUUCGAAGCAUUCCAACGUCUUGUUACCCAAGCUAGCAUCUAUCCAACGUGCCGGUAAGAUAUCAGUGAUACUAGCUAGCAAUUCAAAAUCUGUCAAGUGCAAAGCGGUAGAGGCUGCGGACAGUCAGCUCGCUAAAAACUGUGAUAUUGAUUCGUCGAGAUGUUCCGCCAUCGGUGCAGUGGAAACAACCUCAGGACUUCUCACGAAGGAUCAGAUCCGCCUCUUGCAGGAUACGCCGGUUUUCAAAAAUGAAAAGGUUCGAGACAUCGAUACCGAUGCCUUGGACGAUUAUUUAAAUGGUGGAAACAAUUCGCAGGAGCAAGAGGAAGAGUUGCUGCAGUACUUUCAACAGAGCAGCUCGUCUAGCUCUGAUGUGGAAACCAGCGUCAUUGGUUCUGAUGCCGAACAGAUUUCUCGAUCGGACAAAGUGUCACAAUUACGAUUGAUAUUACAACAGAAUUUAAAGGCGUCUACUAUUGCCGCUGAUCUAGCGCCUGCAACUAUCGUUCGGCAAACCGUUGCCACGGAAAAACGGGACUCCUCGCAGAAAAACAACAAUCUCAUUCUUUCGACUCUUUUAAAUCAUAAUCCAAGCAAUACUCGUCGUCGCGUUAGCUUUGAAACGAAUGUCGUUGAACAUGUUCAAGAGACAGCAACACAGAGUGUGGCCAAUACUGUACCACAGAGUCCGAAUACGCGGCGUAGGAUAUUCAAUUUCACUCCCAUCUCGCCCGGACCGCAUUCUCCGAUUAAUGGUCGGGCGUCCAAGUCAAAUUCAGCGAAUGCCAGUCCAUUCGUAUCACCGCGUAAUACCCCAGUGCCAAGAUCUCGCAGUAAUUUGCAAGCUGUCAGUUCUAGAACGCGCGGCCAAAAAACGCUCUCUCGCUCCAUCUCGUGCAAUGUGCCGUAUACCAUCAAGACGACAGACACCUUUAUCGUACCGACAUCAAGUGGAGCGGAACCCACGCGACAUGUGCUGACAAUUGCAACGACCAAUUCGUCCGAGGUGGGACAGAAAGUCGUUCUAAAAGGAUCGCCGUGCACUGCAUUUUUUGAUUUAACACCGCAGAAACAAUUACUGAUCAAUUAUCCGAGCCAAGAGAAUCUACAAGAGAUCAAGAAUGUAUAUCAAAAAGGCCAGCCUCCCCCGCCUGAUCAGGAAAUCACAGAGCUUCUUCAUGCUAGCAGACAUUUGAGCAAUGAACAAUUAUUUUACAGAUCACAAUCGGUACCAUUGCAUAGGAUGGUGAAUCCUAUGCAAUCCCCAAUCUCGACACAACAUAGCCUAUCGAUUGUGCAAAGUCAAAGCUUCAAUCCGUCAACGAGCAGUUCCGUUGCGCCUACCCCAGUACCGAGCGAAUAUAACGAUUUCGUUCCUUCCAUCGGACAAGAAAGCACGUACUUAUUGGAUGAUGCAAACUUUAUGUCAGACGACCAGCAAUUUUUAAUGACAGAUAAAGGAAUCACAUCUGAAAACAUUAAUAAUAUUUUUACAAUUCUGGAUGAGGAAGGUCAGCCGAAUUUACAAAUGUUGCCUGAACAGACUACAGAAGAGACAUUGAACAAUGCGAUCAAUCUUGCUUUACCAAAUACCAAUCUAAAUCUAUCGGAGGAAGAUAUGCUAGAUCCAUCAAGUAUUCUCAAUGAUGCUGGUAGUGCAUUACAAAAAAUAAUUCAAUCACGUUCAUAUCCUAAUACGCCAUUGCCGGCGCCGGUGUCAGCAUAUACGCCAUCAUAUAUCGAGGAUAGCAAUGGUUCUAGAUCAUAUCCAUCGACGCCUCUGCAUACAGUAUCACAAGAGGUGUACCAGGAUCCAGGCGAGCCGAUACUUUCCAGUCCUAUUCUUAAUUCUCUCAGUUUACAAAGCGACACUAUAAAUGUUGCUACUGUCACCGGCGCCACUACCGGCACUGAUGUCGACACUGCCGCAACUACUUCUUCCAAUAAUCUGUGUAGAAACGUUGCUGACUUUUUGGAAGCUAGUUUUCUUGGAGAAACGGAUACAGAGACAGAUGAUCUGGAUCCUCUCGGUAAUUUUGAUGGCCUGCAAGAUAUGGAUUCGUUGACACCACUGUUUAACGAAGUCACGGAGCCUAAUCACUGAAACUGUUUCUUUGAUCUAUCGUAAUAUUGCAUUUGCACAGGGAGAAGUGUAAUAAACAAUAGACUGUUUGGAUCCGGUGGUUCUCAAUUGUAUUAUUUUAUAGACCAUUUUAGAGUAAAUGAAAGAAGAUUACAAGCAAGAUGUAUGAGUAAAUUUUAGUAAAUAAUUAAGAUAUUAUUCAAUUUUAAGAUGUAGGAUACUUCGAAUUUUCUGUAUCUACUGCGAUAUGUAAUUUGAUCAUACGACAGUUACAAAUAUUUUAAUUAUUUUUUACUACAAAUUUUUAUGUAUAUAGAUUUCUUAUAGAAGAAAUUAUUUCAGCUUAUAGUAAAUUAUAUUUUAACAUACAAUUUACUAUUCAGGCUGUAUCGACGACUGUUUAAUCUUUAUCGCAAUAAAAAUAGUAUUGAAAUGUUCGAACUUUCCGAAACUUCGAAAAACUCGCGAGAUUUUUUUAAAUAUAUGUUUAUAAAUUAUUAAAGAUUAUAUACAUCAUUUUAAGUAUAUAUAUGACAUAUAUAUAUAAUUAAAGAAAAAUGUUUGUGUUUUCU